GCCGUUCGACUUCGUGUGCGCGGAGGAAACAGCGUCUCGUCCUCGGCGCUGAAGAUGUGGGCGAACAGACCAGGCCUGGUUUUGCGGACACGGCGGCGUGAAGUGGGAGAAACAAGCAAAACGAGCUUCUAGUGAGAAAAGACGAUGUAUCUAUGGCGCUUGUCCAUCGCCAUAACCCUCGGCCUGGUGUGGUAUCUCUCAGACUGCGGUCGCACGGUGACACAGUACUUUUUAUGUUUCCUCUUUUGUUGCUCUGCCCCGCUGAUAUUCGGAAACAAUGGGCGAGAGAGCAGCACUCAAACUGAUGAAGAGACGAAGGAAAACCCACUCCAGGAGACUGUGGAGCAGGAGCUGCUUGGUGACUUGACAGAUGGAGGAAGCCCCGAGCAGGCUAAACCUCUGGAGUCCAACUGUCCACAUGUGAAGAAGUCCCUGCAGCAAGUGUUCGAGUGCGCCUACGCUCAGCUGGUCCUGCCUUGGUACUGCGUUCCUGAGCCGCGUGAGCUCCAGCCUCUGCACCAGGUGCUCAGCAGGGAAGUCGACUCCGUGAUCGACCGGAUUGUUGAGAGAGCCAGAGACUUUGAUGUCUGCCAGGCAGUCGUGGGCUCCAUUCGCAUUUUGACCCAGCACUUGCAUAAUGCGAAGCAGUCUGACAGAGAGCUCUUGUUCACUUCCAGAGCAGAGGAGAUCACAGUUCUCCGAGAGUUUUCUGAUGCUCUGGUACGUAACCUUUUUCCCGAAUCUCUAUGGGGCCAAGAAGUCAACCGCUGUGCCUUAAAUGAGAUUGUUGCCUUAAAGGGUUUGGGCCUGUUGGUGACAUGGCUGUCCGACCCCGACAACCUGAACCAGCUGGUGGUGAGCCAGCUGGACAGUGUGACCCCCAAAGGCUCUGUCGAGGAGCUGUGUGGCUCAGACCUGGAUCAAGUCUCUCUGGCGUCGCAGGAGGGCGAGGGCAGUGAAGUGACCUUGGAGGGAGCAGGGAUAUCAAGCAGCACCAGGAUCAAGGCCAAAAGGAAAGGUAACAAGUUAAAAGAAGGAUGGUCAAAAUUUGUGGACAAGAUGAAGUCCAAGAAGGCCAAGAAGAAGAAGAUGAAGAAGAUGGAGCAGGAGCUGGUGUUGAGGAUCAUGGCGAUCCAGGGAGACGUGUCCAACGAGGACGACGUCAGUAGCAGGGAGGGCUCCAUUCACAGCCAGCAGGACUCUGACAGGGAGGACAGUGAUCUGGAGAACUACCUGACAAGCGUACAAGAGGACAUGAUGGAAUUCAAGCUGUCAUAUGAGAUGUGGCGCGUUGGCCGCUGGGCUGUCAGCAUCCCUCAUGCCGACUGGGAGGAUGAGGAGCUGAUCUUCACUGUCCACCUGGAGGAGAAGGACAGCCCUGAGAACCUACAGUGGGACAUCAGGAAGAGCUACAUGGAUGUUAUAUACUUCCGCAACAGAUGGCAGGACUCGACCAGCCUGCCCACAAUCCUGGUGCUGGAGGAGUCCGAGGUCAACGAUGAGGUCAAGGAAGAAGCCAGAGUGUCAGUGGAGCACUUCCUGCAGGAAUUGGUUUGCGAGAAUCUCAUCGGCCACACUCAACCGGUUUUUCAGUUCCUCUGCCCUCUCGACAAACUGCUGAAUGAGGAGGAAUAUGAUGGAGGCGUGUGGAGCCUUCUGAGCGGCUUGGCUUACUUCCUGACUCCAGGUCAAGAGGAAGAAGAGGUAGUUUCACAUAGCUCCAGUCCUCAGACGGAAGCCCCGAAAGAAAUCAUAACGCCAUCUUUGAAUCCAGAAUCCACAGCUCUGCCUUUAGAAAACCCUGCUGCCUCUACUGGGAAGGGCAGUGACGUUCCAGAUGCUACAAUCCCAACUAUUGUGAUCUCUCAUUGCAAUUCUCCUCCAGAACCGCCUGAGGAAACAGAAACCGAAAAGGAGCCACAGUCCACAAACGAAAACUGCUCCCAGGACAAAACGGAAGACUCUGAUAAUCCCUUAACCUCUCACUUUAAAAUGAUUUUUAAAGGACUGACCCGAUCCAGGUCGCAAGAGUCUCUGGCCUCAACAAAAACCACCGGUGACGACGACCCACCUGAUUCAGACUUCACGCCACACUGCAGCCAGAACGGAGGCUUGCACGGGGAGAGCGCCGACGGCCCGUCGUGGCUUCAUUUCAGCGCAAGGUCGAAUAAAAAGGAGAAAAUAGGUUUCAAGCUGUCGGGUGGAGUGAACAAGGCUAAAGGAAAGGACCAGGGUACUUUGCCAAGAGGGGAGGACUCCCAGUGUCGGAAGAGCCAAGUCAACUGGGAGCAGCUGGAGGCGACCAAAGCCAUAUUUGACCUGCUGAAGGAAAUAUCCGGAAACUCCAUCCUCAUAAACAUAUUUGAUGCAAUUUUGAAACCUGUUAUGCCCAUCUUGAAAAAAAAAGUCAACUCUUUCCUGAACAAGAUGAACCCAACAGAGGUGCAGAUGGCGUCAUACAUCGACGCUCUGCGUGACAAACAGUGGCCUGAGUUUCAACCAGCGGCACCUCCUCCUCCUCGCACCGAUGAGGAGAAGAACGAGACCAGGGACAGAGCGCACAACCUAAUCAAUGCCAGAUAUUCUAACUAUCUCGUGCUGAAGAAGACAGACAUGGAGUCUGUUUUCAAUCUUUUCCAGGACAGUGAAGAAAACAAAAAGCUGGUAUAUAUGCUCCUGUCAUUCCUAUUGAGGGAAUUUUUUCCCAAUGAGCAUUCCCUAAAUGUGAGCCCUGCUGCCCUACAGAAAGUGACCAACUCCACAAACUGAUCUGUGAAUCCUCGAUUGUCUUUUUAAUGGUACUUUUUUAACAUUGUAGACUAUCAAAUUAUUUAUUAAACAUCUGAAAAUGCCUUAAAAUAUUUGACCAUUUCUGAAUCAAUGCCAUUAUGUUCUUUUUACCUCGAACAUGCUGUGAACACUUUGUGAAUUUCCUUUUAUUUUGUAUCGUUGAACCGCAUUUGUAAAUGAAAUCUGAAACAGUCUUUGCAGGAGCCGGCUUUGCAUGUUGUACUUUAUUUAUAAACCCACAUGAGAAGAUAAACUAGAUUUCAUACAUACAGUUUGAAUUUCACCCUUCACGUUUUCAUGUUUAAUUUAGAUUUUCAAAAGUAUUUUGUGUCACUUUGAGCACGUAUGUAUGGUAAGAGUGUUUGUAUACUGGUUAAUUUAGCCUAAACAUUUCUAUAAUACAAUAUCCCAUGAUGACUAAUCACCUAAAUCUGUCAAAGUGGACAGUACCAAAUCAAAGGAAACUUGAAAUAGUGUUAAUGUAAAUAACUUGAAUUUAUUCCAAAUAAAAUAUUUUA